UUUUUUUUUUUUUUUUCGUUCUUUCGUUCUUAUUCUGUAAUGGAAAUGCUGACAGUACGACGAAGCAGCGUUCGGCUGUUUCUUGAUUUCCUGGCCCCUUCCACUUUACGGUCAUGCUCACGCCACUACGCCUCCGCUGCGUCGGUGCCGCCUUCGACCGCCGGCACAAAGCCGCUUUAUAUACUAAACAAACGACAGCGCGAGUACCUGGACAGCGCUCUGCGAGUCAACCAGGCGGGAGAGCUAGCAGCGACAUUGAUCUACACGGCGCAGACGCCGCAGGUGGUGCGAUCACAUCCGCAUCUACGCCCACUGAUGAAACACAUGUACGAGCAGGAGGUUGGGCAUCUGAACACCUUCAAUGCGUUGAUUGCGAAACACCAAGUCCGCCCGACCAUGAUGUAUCCGAUCUGGGAGCAAGCGGCGACGUUUCUGGGCUGGUCGACUGGGGCGAUGGGCCGGGAAGCUGCCAUGGCCUGCACGGAGGCAGUGGAGACGGAGAUUGGAACACACUAUAACGAGCAAGUGCGGGAGAUUCUGUCGUGGGAGGCCGAGGCCGAGCGGCGGGGCGAGGAGCUGGAUCCCGAGCUGAAGGAGAUGGUGUCGACGUUCCGUCGGAUUCGUGACGAGGAGCUCGAGCACCUGGACCACGCGGUGGAGAAUGACUCCAAGGAAGCCAAGCCGUACGAUCCGUUGGUCAAUGUGAUUCGGUUGGGGUGUCGGGUUGCGAUCAAGAUCAGCGAGAGAGUAUAAGCCUGAAAAAAAGACGGUAACUGUAUGUAUAUAUAUGUAGAUUCAUGUACUAUAUCUAUCAACUAUGUUUCUUCAUGUACUCGUAGCACGUAACAUACAUGGGUAUCUAUUGCACAUCGCACCUCUCUAUCAUUCAUUCUCUCCUUCUUUGAGUCGCAGGUGAUCGAGGAAAUUCUGCGAGAACCGCACCGCCUGCUGAUAAACAUCCUCGAACCCGCUGGCACCGCCAUAGUAUGGGUCCUG